UGUAUACGACGACUGAAUAUUAUGGCCAGAGAACGGGAAAAUGCAAUAAAGUGCGUAGUAAAUACACGUUGGAAGUAGCGUAUGUUUGUCAUUUUAGCACACUUUCUUUCUUUUCUUCUUCUUUAAAAUUCAAGAAAUCGCUGCAAGAUGAAGCUUCAACAUAUAUAUUAUCCCUUGAUUGUGCUGAUUUGUUUCGAGUUGAUUGUAGUCUUCGCAACCUUUGGUGACGACAGAAGGAACAACAUCGUCGGUAAACUAGACGGGUACGACCAGCAUAAACACAGUUCCAAAGUCAAGGGCAGACACCGUAGUAAUUACAGGACUCUCCACGAAAAGAAACCUGCAGACCCAGACACGAUCAGAGACAAUUUAAAGCAAUACAGAAGUUCCGUAGUAGAACCCAAGAUAAUGAUCACACCGAAGGCUGCAGUGGAAACCGUGCAACCAACAAAAACAGCAGAGCAACAGCCGCCGCAAGUACCACCGGAGACAGGCGACAAACAGACGGGCAAUUACCUAAACCACACCAGGGCCGGGAGUUAUGAUGUGGGUGGAAUGGAUCUGGAUCACAUGGAUAUGAAAACAGUGUUCUUUAUUUUACUUGGAAUAUCAUCGUUGGUUAUUGCCUACUUUGUCAUCAGAAUAGUCAGAUCAAAGGGUAGAAGGAAAACAAAGAAGUACGGAGUUCUGGCGACUCAUGGAUCGGAAGUGGAGUUGAGACCUCUUGAACAAGAUGAUGAAGAUGAAGAUAUGACUGUAUUUGAUGCAAACUCACACUAGAUUCUGGCAUUGGAUUUAUUAUUAUCAGAACAGAUUCUACGAGCUUCUACAAAUACAAGAUCUGAUUUAUCCACCUUGCGACUGACAGAUGUAGCUUCUUAUCAUGUCAACGCGCCAGUGGAAUCCACACCAA